AUGGUGUAUCUUCCUCUGAUAGUCGGUUUCUCACUGGUUGCAUUUGGAUACUCUCAAGACCUAGAACUUCAACAUACAUUAACUACGAGUGAUAACUAUAAAGAUACAACAGAGACCGUCAAGGUCACCGCUUUCUUGGACCUCCUCCAAACCUCGACCAAUCCCUCAGAGAAGACCACAAUCGAGGAAUCGUCGGUCGUAGAAAGGGCACUAGCAUGGCUGGUGACUCAACGUGAGGCAGACUGGGGAUGGAGGAACGACACCCCUAAAGUGUUGACUGCCCUCCAGCUUUGGCCCAGGGAGGAGGCGCAUCUGAUGGCUGAGGUGCUCGAGAUGCAGCUGUCCCUCAAGCAGAUGGAGGUGGAGAUCGUCGUUUUGUUGUGGAGGCACCACGAGAUCCCAAUCACGCCACCAAAGCUGGCUCAGUACUGUCUGGCUCUGAGCGGAGCUUGCCAAGACCCACGUCAGUUCCACGGACACGACUUGAUCGCCACGUUGCUGCACCACGAGCCAGUACGUGACAUCGAGUUCGCUUACGCCUCGCUGGCUGCCUGCACCGCCAGGAGUCACGUGAGAAAGAAGCAGAUACGGCGGUUGCUGGACAUCGCGAAUACCGCCAAAGAUCAUAAUAUAGAUACAGUGGCGAUGACAAUCUUAGCUUUGAGGUGCAUAGUAAAAGAUCACAGGCAUAGAAACCUGCAACACAGCCUGAGAAGACCGUGUAUCAGCUUAGCGAGGCAACAGCAACAAGAUGGCGGAUUUGGAAAUUUGUACAACACAGCCUUAACACUCCAGGCUCUCCAAGAUAUGAAUGAGAUCAACAAUCAUUGGAAUAGGAGUGCUGCGAAAUCUUACAUCGAGUCCAGGCAAGAUCCUGAUGGGGCGUUUACUGACCCAAAUCUGACGGCUGAGAUAGUGUUCGCUUUGUCCGAUAGAGGGUUGAGUCACAUAAGGAAUCUGGAUUGUGGAAAAUACGAUAAUGAUAUGGAUAAUCAUGUCGAAAUCGACGGCUUGUCGAAAUCCCUCUACCCCCACGGCAACGACUCCGACCCCCGCAACGUCACCGUCACGUACACCCUGUGGGUGGGCGCCAACGUCACCGAGAACGCCACCGUCACCCUCACCGCCCCCCGCAACACCUCCUUCUACCACGUCAUGCAGGCGGCCAUGGACGCCGAUCCGCGGUUCACCUUCGAGGCCUCCGAAUGGCCCAACGGCCACUACGUGCACACCCUGGCCGGGUACAAAGAGGAGCCCAUGGGGUACCACUAUUGGUUGUUGUACAGGCUGCCCGAGGUACCGGAUCCGCUGGCACCGCCCGCCAAUCAACUUGUUGCGCCUGUGGGUGUUGACGAUUUAUUGAUUGAAGAAGGUGACCACUACUUGUUCUGGUAUAAAAAACUGUAA